CCCGCGAGCAUCGGUCUGCGCAUGCUCCAGUUUUAUCACGUUGGGGGGAAACAUGGAUCCCCGAAGCGUUCAGUUUCACGAGAUGGGUUUGGACGACCGUCUUUUAAAGGCGGUAGCCGACCUUGGAUGGGCCCAGCCGACCCUCAUUCAAGAAAAAGCCAUUCCGCUGGCUCUCGAAGGGAAGGAUAUUUUGGCAAGAGCUCGGACCGGUUCGGGGAAGACUGCUGCUUACGCGGUGCCACUGAUUCAGCGGAUCCUCACCUCUAAGCAGACGCUGCAAGAGCAGGCAGUGCGAGCUUUAGUCCUGGUACCCACAAAAGAGCUGGGACAGCAGGUACAGGCCAUGAUUCGCCAGCUCACCACCUACUGUGUCCGAGACGUUCGUGUGGCCGACAUCUCGGGCAAAACAGAGUUAUCAGCCCAGAGGCCGAUUCUGAUGGAAAAGCCAGAUGUUGUGGUGGGAACUCCGUCUCGGGUGCAAGCCCAUAUCAAAGCCCAGAACUUGGCGCUGAACGCUCUGGAUGUGCUCGUCAUCGAUGAAGCGGACCUUCUUUUCUCUUUUGGCUUCGAGGCUGAGCUUAAGGACCUCAUUUGUCAGUUGCCUAAGAUCUAUCAGGCUUUCUUAAUGUCUGCGACACUCAAUGACGAUGUUCAGGCCUUGAAGGAGCUCGUUCUACACAACCCUGUGACGCUGAAGCUACAAGGCUCCCAGCUUCCAGACGGGUCCCAGCUGCAGCAGUACAGUGUGAAAUGUGAGGAGGAGGACAAGUUCCUCCUCAUCUAUACACUUCUCAAACUUGGCCUGGUGCGAGGCAAGACGCUCAUAUUCGUCGGCAGUCUGGAUCGCUGUUACAGGCUCAAGCUUUUCUUGGAGCAGUUCAGCAUUCCUUCCUGCGUCCUCAACUCUGAACUCCCUGUGCGCUCGAGGUGUCACAUCAUAUCACAGUUUAAUCAGGGAUUCUACAAUUACAUCAUAGCCACAGACGAGCAAAGCCUUGACAACCCGACUGCUGAUUCCAAGAGUGCCGAGAGCAGUGGGAAGAAGAAGAAGAAGAAAAAGAAGUCAAAGAGUAAAACAGGCAAAGAUAAAGAAUAUGGUGUGUCCAGAGGUGUGGACUUCCAGAACAUCGCAAAUGUCAUCAACUUUGAUUUUCCCACUUCUCUAGAAUCCUACAUCCACCGAGUUGGCAGGACUGCCAGGGCAGACAACAAAGGCACAGCUCUCACGUUCGUCUCCCAUUCAGAGCUCUCGUUGCUGGAGGAGGUUGAGAAUGCUCUUACAGAAGACAGCAGAAACUGCGCCCUGAAGCCAUACGGGUUCAAAAUGGAUGAAAUAGAAGGAUUUAGAUACAGAUGUCGGGAUGCGAUGAGGUCUGUGACCAAGCAAGCAGUGAAGGAAGCCAGAAUAAAGGAGAUCAAGCAGGAGCUGCUCAACUCUGAGAAGCUUCAGAUGUACUUUGAAGACAACCCGAGAGAUCUGCAACUGCUCCGUCAUGACAAAGACCUCCAUCCUGCCAUAAUCAAACCCCACCUGAGAAACGUACCAGACUACUUGAUUCCGUCCACGCUGAAAAAUCUGGUCAACCCCUUCUCAUGCCGGAAGAAGAAGCUCAAGUUCAAGCCCAACCCAAAGGGAGUCAUGAAAACUGCCUUCAAGAAGAAUAUCAGAGGGAAGAACCCACUGAAGAGUUUUCGCUAUGCUAGGAAAGCCGGGAAGCAGAAGAACAAAUCCUAACAGCACAGAAUUGAAUUUUUCUACAAACCAGUAGACACACUGGGAUGGAAAAAGCUCCA